AUGAAAAUACCAGAGACGGGGAAUGUUGGCACAUAUUAUGGUGAGGAGAAUGGACAGUGGCAGCCAAACGGCAUGAUCAUAGAUAACGGGGUUGGUGGCGGCGUAGUCGGAAGUGGGGAUGCAGGCGUACUAAGGCCGCCCGCGCCCGUAUAUCCAGUGCACUUGCCCCGUGGCGGGCCCAUGGGCGGUUACGUCAUGGCCGGUGCAUACUACCCAGCAGCUUACCCAGCUGUCGCUACACCCCAGGACGACUUUGCCGAUUACAUGUGGAUGGAGAAUGAGGAAGAGUUUGAUAAGCAGGUGAUGCAACAGCUGGAAGAGGAAGCAUUAAUGGAGCAGUGCAUUGAAGCCAUGCUUGAAGACGAGCAGCGUGAAAGGCACAGGAGGACAAACGGGCAUAAUAAUAAUAAUGGGCCAACAACCAGCAACAGUUCAAACACCGCAUCUCUACAAGAGGCAGUGUCGAGAUCGACAUUGAAUCCGUUGGCAGCUGAAUUUGUACCUGGCAGAGCUAGGCAACCUCCAGAAGAGAGAUCUGAUCCACCAGAAUCAAAAGAACCUGAACUACAAGUGGAAGUGCAAACACCAAGUGAGACAGUUGAGAGCACAGAAACUGAAGUAAAAAUAGAUGACAAAGAAUCACUCCCACAAACUGACCCACCAGAAGUGAGUGCAGCCGAUAUCCAACCAAUAGAAGAUGACAAGAGAUCAAAAGAGAAACUCAGGCCCAAAGUAGACACAAAGAAAGCGAAAGCAGAAACCAAGCCCAAAGCAAAAGUGGAGAGUAAAGCUAAGAAGGAUGUGAAAGUGAAAAGUGUUAGUGAGGUGAAAACAAGUGAGGUUAAAAAUGAAGUUAGUGUGCAAAGUGAGACAAGUGUUACAUGUGAAGAAGGGCAGGAAGAGAGCAUAGAGGUUGUAAAGCAAUCAUCGCCGCCCCCGACCGAGGAGCCUUCAACUGGAUUCAAACCAAUAAACUACGCGGCAGCAGCCAAAGCAAAUAAGCCAAAAAAGGCUACCACCCCACCGACCACCACAGUGCCAGAAAAAAUUACACCACCAGCCCUUAAAAUCGAGAAAUCUAAAGAGAAAGUUCUUACUAAAACAACACCAAAGGUCAAAACUGACAAACCCAUACCAAGGAAGAAUUCAACUAAGGUUACCAGUCACAAUCAUCAAAUGCCAGUUGCCACACCAAAAAUGCGUUUCCAGCCUGCGGUCGGUUCUGAGAUUAAGGUUUUCAUAGAAAAUAUCCCGAGACCGAUCGCCGGCUAUGCUAUGUGCAUAAGUUUCAUUUAA